GGAACACGGCGUGCGCGUCCAAAUCGGCGGCAGCGACCAAUGGGGCAACAUCACGGCCGGCACGGACCUCAUACGCCGCCUGCUGGGGGGCGGCGCGGCCUCCAGCGUCAGCAGCUUGGGCAGCAGCGUGGACGGCAGCAGCGGCGGCGAGGAGGAGGCAAGCAGCAGCGGGCAGGAGGCGCCUUCGUGCUACGGUCUCACCUUCCCCUUGCUGGUGCGUGCAUAG